CAGGGCUUUCUACUGAGAGCAGCUCUCACUGAACGCCGUUCGCUUGAUGCAGAACCGGCACAUACUCCUGAAGUGUUGAUAUGCAUUUUUGAGAUCUGUGCUCUUACCCCGAAAGCUGCUGAACCCAUUUCAUCACAGGACAUUACCUUUUAAUUAAUAGUUCUUAAAUGCACCUUUGGAUUCUGUCAAGUGGUGAGAGGAUUGAUCAUUUGCAUUUUUAAACACCAACACAUAGGCUAUAUAUCUUCUCGGACGAUACACCUUGGUUCUCGGGCACCUCAAACGGUAGAAAGCUUCGGUUUUUGUCAUUUCAAAGCUGGUGGAAUAGGUGUUCUUCAGUAGGACGAUGUUGCUAAGUUUGUAUGCUCUGUUGGCAUUUGUAUGGGGACUAACCGGCAUUUCUGCGUCGUUCGUGCCCUGUGAGCCGUGUGACCAGAAAGCGAUGUCUAUGUGUCCUCCGGUGCGGAACGGGUGUCAGGUGGUGAAAGAGCCCGGCUGCGGAUGCUGCUUGACCUGCGCGCUCACCGAGGGACAAGCGUGUGGAGUCUACACGGGUACAUGUGGACGGGGACUGCGAUGCCUUCCUCGGAUUGGGGAGGAAAAGCCGCUGCACGCUCUGCUUUACGGCAAAGGAGUUUGCAUGAACGAGAAACUAAGUCCAUACAAAUCAAUGCAUAUGCCAAAGGAUCAAGAGUCAGAUGAAGACGGGAUGGUUUCAGAGGUAACAGAGGAUCUGCUUCCUCAGGCCAAGGUCCCAUUAUUCCAGAGAGAUCAUAUUAACAGCAAGAAGGCUCAGGCCAUGCGAAAGGAUCGGAAGAGACAACAAGCUAAGCUCCGGACCAGGGGCCAUGUUGACUACCCACUUUUUGGAAUCGAAAAACAUCAAUCUGACAUUGGUCCAUGCCGAAGAAAGCUGGAUGGAAUUGUACAGCAGAUGAAGGACACUUCCAGAGUGAUGGCUCUUUCAUUGUACCUACCUAACUGUGACAAGAAAGGCUUCUUCAAGCGCAAACAGUGCAAGCCCUCAAGGGGGCGCAAGCGGGGCAUCUGCUGGUGUGUAGACAAGCAUGGAGUUCAAAUGCCGGGCACUGACUUUAACGGAGGCAACAUCCAGUGUAAAGAUGUUGAAAGCCACAGCAACAACAACGAAUGAGACUACUUAAAUUUGGUCAUGUAACAGUACCAUACACUCUCAUCUACUUUAUUAUGUGAUUUGCCAAUCAUUUCUAAUCUUAAUCUUAAAGAGUCUGACAUUUAUUUGUGAAAUACUUUAAUAUACUCUGGCAGAGGAUAUGCAGAAGUCAAGCACUAGUAAUUAAAUCCUUCUUCUUGUGUCAUUGGGCUCAUGGACUAAGGGAUAGCUCACCCAAAACUCAAAAUUGUCAUCAUUUACUCAACCUUUAUUUGUUCCAAAUUUGUUUUAAUUUCUUUCUUCUUUUGAAUACAAAAGAAGAUAUUCUGAAGAAAGCCAGAAACCUGUAACUGCUUACCACUGUAGUAUUUGUUUGUCCUACUAUAAAAGUCGAUGGUUACAGGUUUUCAACUUUCUUCAAAAUAUCUUCUUGUGUGUUCAACAGAAAAAGAAAAAAAAAACAUGUGAAGGUUUGGAACGGCUUGAGAAUCAGUAAAUGAUCAUUUCUUGGGUGAACUAUCCCUUACGUAUCUUAUAUAUACAAACUAUAUCUUAGAGACCAUGGAUACUUUGAUUAGUAUUAUGAGAUUAGGGAUAGAGAUUAGGGAUGGUUUGUCCGAAAAUGAAAAGAAUGUUAUUUACUCACCCUCAUAUUGCUAUGUAAUAUUCUUUUUUAUUCUGUGUAACACAAAAUAAGACAUUUUAAAUGUUUAGUGUUCAUAUAGUGAAUGAUGGUUGGGUCAAAAACAAGACCAGAACCUAUUUUAUGUCAUUCAGAGAAAGAAAAACAUUAUUCAUUUUACAGUUGCAAUCAGAAUUAAUAAACCCCCCUGAAUUAUUAGCCCCCCUGUUUAUUUUUUCCCCCAAUUUCUGUUUAACAGAGAAGAUUUUUUCAACACAUUUCUAAACAUGAUAGGUUUAAUAACUCAUUUGUAAUAAUUAAUUUAUUUUGUCUUUGUCAUGAUGACAGUAAAUAAUAUUUACUAGGGAUGCAUGAUAUAUCGGCAGCCAUAUCGUUAUCGUUAUUUUUAAGAUUAUCGUUAUCGAUCCGAUGUCUAAAUUAGGCCGAUAUCUUUAAGCGAUAAAUUACGUAAUUGUACAGAACUGCCUGCCUCACGCAUGCGUGGGCGGAACUUGUUUAGACUUGUCCAGUGCACUAUAAUGGAUCUCUCCUCACAUUGUUUAUUCCUUCAAAGUCCGUCCUUUCUUCAUGUGGUAUUGCUGUGCGUUAAUAACUUAGUAAGUAACCAUGUUCCUUAUCAUUGUAGAUAUGUUUGAUUGAGGGCCAUGGUGUAUUUUGCUUUAAAUCGCCUCAGGAAAUUUUUUUUACAUGUGUAUACAUAACAGCAGCGAUGCACACGUGCUAAACAAGUUGUUGGGUUGUUUGUAAUCUAAUAUGAUUAUUUGUUAUUAUCAACGCAUUGCUUGCCAUGUGUUGUUGAUGUAAGAUUGUAUUCAGUUUGAUCGGAAUAUUCAUAUUGAUUAUAACGAGUGCGCGUAAGGGCUGUCACUGCACACACACACACACACACACACUCACACACACUGAUCUGACAGCCUUCACAGGUGCGCCGGUCACUGAAUCCAGCAUAGGGGGUCUCAAUUCGCCACACAUUCUGUCUUUAUAUUAUGCUCUGUGUUUGUCAUAAAGUGAUCUGUGCUCAAUGCAGGUGUUGUAUCAAAAUCUGAUUCCUAGGGCAAAUCUUUUUCCUGCAAUUUUCCUGCAAGAAGGAACACAGAAGCGUUGUCUGAUUGACAAGCAGCAGCUACAUGUGUUCAAAAGAAUCUUGAUCCAAAUAGGAUCAAUCUGUGCCGAAUUUUUUAAAGUAAUACUAUCUAUAUUUAGCUUUUCGCUUGUACGGUGACUCUGAACUGCCAAAACACCUCUAAAAAGGCCUUUUCGGACAUUACAUAUUAGUACAUGUGUACAUCACUGUAACACGUUUUAUUCAAGAACAUUUGAGUUGGUUUCAGUCCUUAGCCCUUUCAUUUUCAUUUUAUUUAAAAUAUAUUUAACUUGCUUGUUGAUUAAAUCCUAUUUUGUUAUUUAACCUAUUAUUUUUAUGCAACAGUCAAGUUGCAUGUUAUUUUGCUAUGAAGAGAAGGAAAUAAUACAUUUUUUGCAUGCUGAUGUAUGUAAAAUCGUAAAUAUAGGUCUAUAUCAUCACCUUGCAAUUUUGAAAUUAUAGCUUUUUUGCUUUGAGUAUAGACUAUUCAGUUCAUAAGAGCAGUUUAAUCUUUUAUAAAGUUUUCUGUAUAAAAAUAUACCAUUUUGAAAUAUUUAUAAUUAUCGACCUAUAAAUAUCGGCUAUUGGCCUCCAAGUCUGAAGAGUUAUCGGUUAUCGAUAUCAGCCAAAAAAUCCAUAUCGGCGAUUAAUUGGGUUAAGUAGGCAAGUUUGGGUAAUUAGGCAAGUCAUUGAAUAACGAAGGUUAGUUCAGUAAACUAUCAAAAAAAAAAAAAAAGCUUGAAGACGCUAAUAAUACUGACCUUAAAAUGGCUUUUAAAAAUUUAAACUGCUUUUAUAUAAGCCAAAAUAAAGCAAAUAAGACUUUCCCCAGACGAAAAAAUAUUAUCAGACAUACUGUAAAAAUUUCCUUGCUUUGUUAAACAUCAUUUGGGAAAUAUUUAAAAAAGAAAAAAGGAGGUUUAAUAAAUCUGAAUGCAACUGUACUGUAGCUCCUCAGAAGAAAGAAUUGGACAAAAUCAAGUUGAGUGAACAAGAUUUUUCAUUGGCUGAACUAUCCCUUUAAUAUGAUAGAGCAUUUGUCCAUGACACAGCACUUAUUUACUGAAGGGUACAGUACACGCACUCACUUUAGUUUUGUACAACCCUUUCCAAAGAUUAUCAGAAAUGAGCUUAUUGUCUUUUUUCACGUUAUUGUGUCAGCUUGAAUGAACUUUAUUUUCCAACAACCACUGUUUGUGCACUGCAAAAGAAAGAAAGAAAAAAUACCUGAAAGAAUAAGCACAAGUUCACAAUAAGCUGUGACUGUUUAUGUGAAAGACUACAGAAUAUGAAAGAAUGAAUAAUGGUGACAAACCAGGUGGUCAGCCUUUUUGUAAUUGUUUUUAAGGUUUAACAGAUCAGGGUCCUUGGGUUCUUAUGGAAAUGUCAGUGCCUUUUUCUACUCAAAUAUUUGAAUAGUGAUUUACAUCACGGGCAUCAAAGGGGCCACAAAGGCAAAACACAAACACUCCAAAUGCUGACCUUCAGUUUGCAGGACGGUAGAUUCAAAACAGCAAAUUGAAUGUUCUUAAAAAGAAGGCAAAUUGAGAUUAUUUACAUCAUGAAAAUGACAUAGUAAUAGGGCACCAAAGGUACUAUUAGGUUUUGGCCCAAAGAAUAGAAUUUAGUGCAAUCCGUGUUCCUCUUUUUAUAGUAACAGAAAUGCUCUUUGUGCUUAUGUGAUUAUUUGGAUUGCUUGUGUGUUGGAUCAGAGGCUGACGGCAGAAUUGUUUUCUGUUUGUAGAACUGUAGAAAAUCCUCUGUCAUAAGCAUUAACAUAACAUCUAAACCAGAUUGAAUCUAUUUUAGCCAUAAUCCUCAAAGUUUAUGAACAAAGGAUUCUAAAUGAUACCAUUCCAUGUUGGGGAUUUAGGUUCACUGUAAUGAGACAAAAAAGCGAAGCCGACCGAUGUGGCAAACCAGUCUACUAAUUAAUUAACUGUUUAUUUUUUAUUUAAAAUUGAUUGUCUUCAUAUAUAUUUUUUAAUUUUUAAGGCUUUAUUUAAGCCCAUUUAAGCUGAGCCCAAAUCAAGUAACAUGGGUGGUCAAAUUCUUUGUUUGACAUCUAAAUAUCUGUGUGCAAUAUUUAUUCACCAUGUAAUUUAAAUAUUCUUAUUCUUGUCUCUUUUGAAAAGACAAAACAUUUAUUUAAUAAAUAUAUAAACAAAGCUA